AGCUCAGAUACGCUUCGCGACCCCUCAUCCGUUCCCCGCCAAACUCCAGUUGACAAUCUGCUACUGGCUCUGUUUUUGCUCUCUGUGAUGCUCUUUGAACUGCAUGCAUCAAUUUUAUGGAAAUAACAACCACACUCCCACUUAUCCUUGCGCUCGGUGCGCGCAUCCUCCUCAACUCGCUCGUCUCCAGCCCUGACGACUCGCCGCCCUCCACACCAGACUUCCUCCUCACCGGCCUCUUCCAAGGCGUCCUUCUCUACGCUGCGCUCACGCAUCUCUUCGUGCUCGCGAUCCCCGUCGGAUUCGGCAUCGCCGCGAAGCUCACCCUCGACUUUUCGCGCACCUAUGAUGCGACGCAGUGCGUCUGCACGCUGCUCGGCGUUGCCCUCGGAGUCGUCUUCUCGGACGUGCUCGCGCGCAUCUUCGAGGACGGCACGCCAAGGGACGGCGCACGGGCGGGCGCAGCGACGGUGCAUGUGCGCGAUGCGCCAGAUACCAGCAGACGACUCCGCCUCGUCUCGUUCGGCCGCAACGGACAGGACCGUAACCGCACGCACGGACACAAGCGGGAUGCCGGACGCACCCACCGCCGCUCCGGCGACGAACGCGAGCGUCCGAGAGACCGAGACAGAGACCAUGGCCACGAUGCCCCUCGGGAUCAGGACCCCCGCCCACUCACACCCGCGCUCACCUACGCAAGCACCUCGCCCUCCAUCUCACUUGACUCGGUCCCAUCCUCAAUCGACCCCGAGGGGCGCCUUACCCCGCGGGAGCGCGAGAUCGCCGUGCUGCGUGCGCGCGCGAGCCUCGCCGACUCGGAACGCCGCCGCUUCAAGGAGGAGCGCAAGUGGGCGCUGAGCCAGGGCAACUAUGCGCGCGCGAGCCAGCUCGCGUGGCAGGUGCGUCGCUUUACGGCUCUCAUGGAGAGCUUCCACCGCGAGGCAGACGCGAAGGUCGUCGAAGGUGGGUGUAUGUUGCUUGUGCGAGCUUUUGGCGAGGAAGGGCGGGGUGCUGAUUGCUUGUUUGCUUGGUGAUGAUUAGCUGCGCGUGCGGCCGCUCCUCUUUCCGUCACCCACGAAGCAGAGCGCAAGGCCGCUCGGCGCUUCCCGACAGCACAUCGGAGC